AUGGCGAGAAAAGCUAACAGUAGCCUAUUUCUCGAAGAAUGGUUAAGGGAUGUGAGUGGAAGUAGUUUGGUGAAGCAGAAUUCUGCUCCAUCCGCGAGGUCAAUUAUUCAAGCAUGGUCUGAGAUUCGGGAAUCUCUCCAAACCCAGAAGUUCGAUACUCGUUACCUUCAAGCUUUGAGAGCUCUUGUUAGCUCCGAGUCCACUAUCCAUGUCGCUGAUCCGCAAGCAAAGCUUCUUACUUCGAUACUAGCUUUACGAGAGGUGUCUCUUCCUUCUGAGUCUUACGCACUUGUUCUUAGACUGCUCUAUGUGUGGAUUAGGAAGUCGUUUCGACCUUCUCAAGCUCUUGUUGGCUCUGCGGUUCAAGCCAUUCGUAGCGUUUUGUAUGACAGGCGUGAUCUCAAACCAGAACCAGGUUUAGUAGCGCAGAGCGUUCUGGUCUCUGGUGCGUUUGCGUUUGUGCCUUCUCUGUCAGGAGAAUUGAAGAUAUUGAGCUUGGAAUUGCUAUGCAGGCUUUUGGAAGAAGAAGAGUGCUCACUGGUGGGAUCUCAAGAAGAGCUUGUUCCUGUAGUGCUUGCAGGAAUCGGUUACGCUUUAUCUUCUUCGAUUGAUGCUCAUUACUUUAAGCUAUUGGAUUUCUUGUUUGGUGUAUGGAUGAAAGACGAUGGUCCUCGUGGCAGUGUCACUCAUGGUCUGAUGAUUCUUCAUUUGGUUGAGUGGGUUGUGUCAGGUUAUAUGAGGUCUAAUAAUGUAAACAAAAUGUCUCUCUUUGCGAACGAGGUACUAGAGACUUUAAAGGCAAAGUAUGCUGCUUUUGCUGUCUUCAUGGCAGCAGCUGGAGUACUAAGAGCUUCCGCGGCAGGUAUCAGUAAUGGUGCACAGAUUGUCUCUAAGCUUAGAAGUGUAGCGGAGAAACGUAUGGAAUCUGUAGCUCAACUUUUACUCUCUAGUGGUAAUGUUACACUUGCAACCAUGCAGAGAGAAGUUCCCCUGUUGAAGUGUUUUGCUAUAGCGUUGGCUCGAUGUGGCUCUGUUUCUCCCUCUGCUCCUCUCCUUUUGUGCCUCGCUUCUGCGUUGUUGACUCAGGUGUUUCCUUUAGGCCAGAUAUAUGAAUCAUUCUGCAAAGGUUUGACUGGACCAGAACUAAUUUGGGUCAGGGAGCAUCUUUCUGAUGUUAUCUUCAAGGAGUCAGGGGCCAUAACGGGAGCCUUUUGCAACCAAUAUGUAUCAGCAAGUGAAGAGAACAAAUACAUUGUGGAGAGAAUGAUUUGGGGUUUCUGUCAAAAUCUCUACUUACAGCACCGUCAAAUUGCUCUGAUGCUUCGUGGUGUAGACGAUACGUUGCUUGGAGACAUAGAGAAAAUUGCAGAAUCGUCUUUCCUUAUGGUUGUCGUCUUUGCGCUCGCUGUUACGAAACAAUGGCUCAAUCCAAUAGUGUCUGAAGAAAGAAAGAUGGAGACAUCAGUCAAGAUAUUAGUCUCGUUCUCCUGUGUUGAAUACUUCAGGCAUAUUCGUUUACCUGAAUACAUGGAGACAAUCAGAGAGGUGAUUUCACGUGUACAGGAGAAUGAUGCUACUUGUGUUUCGUUUGUCGAGUCCAUCCCUGCAUAUGAUAGCUUGACGAGUCCGAAAGACUUGUUUAUGCAGAGGAUAGAAUAUGAAUGGUCAAGAGAUGAUGUGCAGACAUCUCGAAUAUUGUUUUAUCUUCGAGUAAUCCCAACUUGCAUUGCACGGUUAUCUGCUUCUGCCUUUAGGAGAGUCGUUGCAUCAACCAUGUUUCUGUAUAUUGGACAUCCAAACAGAAAAGUGGCACGAGCAUCUCAUACGUUGUUGGUAGCAUUUCUCUCUUCAGCAAAGGAAUCAGAGGAGGACGAAAGAAACCAACUCAAAGAACAGCUUGUUUUCUAUUACAUGCAACGAUCUUUGGAGCUUUAUCCUGAGAUCACACCAUUUGAAGGUUUAGCUUCUGGCGUUGCAGCCUUGACCCGGCAUCUACCUGCAGGAAGUCCUGCUAUCUUUUACUCUGUUCAUAGCCUUGUUGAGAAGGCUUCUACAUUUGACACCGAUGCGUUGCAAGGAAGAAAGUCUGAUUCCGGUAAUGAAAUUCUUGAGUUGCUUCUGCGACUUGUCUCUUUGGUUGAUAUACAAGUGUUGCCAUAUCUGAUGAAGUCAUUGGCACAGCUUAUUUUGAAGUUGCCGAAAGAAAGGCAGAACAUGGUGCUCGGUGAAUUGUAUAGUCAAGUGGCUGAGUCAGACGAUGUGAUUCGCAAGCCUUCUUUGGUCUCUUGGCUACAGUCACUGAACUACGUGUGUUCUAACAACCGGACUACGGGCUCAACUUCUGGACUACUAACAGACAUUUCAAACCAGUUGGCUGCUCAGCUCUAG